AGACACUGCUGCCAGGCUCUGUUGAGAGAUGCAGACUCGGCUCUGUUCUGUAACUGCACCACACCACAGUGUGUGAAGGAUGGGUAUAAGUGUAAGACCAACGGGGCGUGUGUGGUCUCCACCUCAAUCAUUGAUGGACAGGAGCAGCUUUUGCGGUUCUGCAUCCAGAAAGUGGAGCUGGUUCCUCUGCACAAGCCCUUCUACUGCCUCAGCAUCAAGGGACUGAUGAACACACACUGUUGCUACUCUGAUUACUGCAACAGCAUCGACCUCAGCCUGCCAACCGUGACAAGCGGACCGGGUUCAGGGCAGGACUGGGGGCCGCUGGAGCUCACUGCAGUGGUGGUGGUGCCGGUCUUUGUGCUGUGUGUGCUGGUUCUGCUGGGUGUCUUCCUGUUCCUGCACCACCAGCGGGCCUACGGUCACCGGCAGAGACUGGAGGUAGAGGAUCCCAGCACUGAACACAUGUUCCUGACCAAGGACAAGACCUUACAGGACCUCAUCUACGACCUCUCCACCUCAGGAUCUGGUUCUGUUGAUUCAGCUGCGGGAUCGAGGCGCCUGCAGUGCAGAGCUUGCUCAGGAAUGGCAGCAGGCAGGUGUGAGUGCAUCUGCGUGCACAGUGAGCCGAGGACUUUUGGAGGAUGGCUUGGUGUCAAGAAGGGCAGCAAAGAAGCCACUUUUCUCCAGGAAAAACAUCAGGGACAGAUUGAUAUUCUGCAAAAGGUACAGGAAUUGGACUGCUGAGGACUGAGGUAAAGUCAUUUUCUCUGAUGAAUCCUCUUUCGGAUUGUUUGGGGCAUCUGGAAAAAAGCUUGUCCACAAAAGAAAAGGUGAGCGCUAUCAUCUGUCCUGCGUCAUGACAAAAGUAAA